AUGUGCGCGCUGUGCAAGAAAUUCGACGAGGACCUCGUUAUAGACAGGUUUCGAAAUAAGACUAAGACGGGGCGGUGGCUCCAGUGCCCGUCGCCCAAGUGCGGCUGUUACGUGCAUACGGACGGCGCGUUGGAGCGCGGAUUGGUGCGGGUUCUGACGGAAAAGGAGGCGGAAAGUGCGCUCACGGGGCCCCCAGAAACGGUAGCGGCUGUAGGAGCGGGAGGAAAGGGCGGAGCGGUGGGAGAGGGAGGAAGGGGAGGAACGGAAGGAGCGGCAGUCCCGGAGAAGGCAGCGUCGACGACUGGAGAUACAGCUUCCGUUGUUACUGGUGAGGGUGCAGCAGCUGUUGAGGGGUCGAAAAGGGGAAGGGAGGAGGAGAAGGAUACUGGUGCACGUGCGGGUGCGGGUGCUGCUUCGGGUAGUGAUCAAGACAGGGAUGCGCGUAAGGGGAGUGAGAGUAAUGGAGGAGGGAAGCGUGUUAAGGUGGAGAGUGGUGUGAUUGAGGGGAUUAAGGCCAAGGUUAAGGCAGAACCGGAUGCAGCAGGGCCUUUAGGGGCAAUAGGAUUGCUGAACUCACCUCCGCCUAAACCAUCUCCACCCAACCCAUCUCCACCCAACCCCUCUCCACCCAACCAAACUCCGCCCAUUCCACCUCCGCCCAGCCCAGCACCGCCCAGUCCACUUCCGCCCCCUUCACCCAGCGGCAGCGCCAGCCGUGCGGACAGUGACGCCGUUCCCAACGCGUACGCCGCUGGCGGAGUGGAAGGGGGAAGCCCCGCGUCCCCUCCUAGUGCAGGCGCAGGUGUAGGGGCAGGGUCAGGUGCUGGGACAGGGGCGGGCGCAGGGGCGGGUGCAUUGGUGGGUGCAGGAGCACGGAUGGGCGCAGGGGCAGGCGCGAACGCGCUGGGGAGUCCGGAAAGCGGGGGGAAGGGUAACACCGCCCCUGCAGGGAAGCGGGCGUUUGCAGGGGGUGGGGGAACGGGUGCGCGCGUGCCAGAUUGCAUGCAAUACGUGUGCCCCCUGUGUGGUUACACUAGCGCAAUGUGGGACCUGUUUAGAGAGAUGCUGACGACGAGUGCAGGGGUGAAGAAGAAGGACAUGGGGAAGCUGAGCGAGGAGAUGGCGCGUGUGGUGAGGGUUACACGCGGUGCUGAGUGGUGCGAGCCAUACCGGCGGCUGCAGGAGCGGUUGACUGCGGUGAUGCAGAGUAAUGAGGGGGUGAACAAGGUGGUGGGGGAGCUUCGAGCGUGUUUCGGCGUGCAAGCUUCCAACUCAUCUCCACUCUCCCCCACUGCUGCUCCUCGCCCGCCCACUCAUACCGGCCCGCCCACUCAUACCGGCCCGCCCACUCACACCGGCCCGCCAAACGCCGCUCUGAAGGCCUCAUACACUCUAUACAACACCCAGAAGAACCCUACCAGUGCCUCCGCCUCCUCUAACGCCCUCUCUAUCGCCCUUUCCUGUUCCCCGCUUACCCUUCUUCCAACCAGCUCGGCCGUGUAUGCUCGCAGCCCCAGCCCUCCCUUCGCGACACCUGGCAGCUGUAAUAAUCCCACUGCUUAUUCCCCUGCCGCCGCCGCUCUUGCGGCGAGCGCGCCGCAGUACAAUAAACCCAAUCCCAAUACCCCUGGGUCGAACGCGAAUCUCGUAUUUCGCUCGAAUAACGACCUGGGUAGUAGUUCUCAUGGGGUAUCGAGUCAGCAGCAAGGUAACCACUCGUUCCCUGCAGUCUCGGUAGUGUCAGAAGGCCUGCCUUCAGGAGCCAAUCCGCUUCUGCCACCUGGCCUGUGCCUGCCCUUCCCCCCUGGUAUAGUCACAGAGGAGAGGGUUUCGGCUUCGGCCCUUGGGUUGGCUCUAGCAGCCCAGUGUGUGACUGUAGUGUCUGUGCCUGAAGAGAGGGGCACAGGAGCAGGAGGAGCAGGAGGAGCAGGAGGAGCAGGAGGAGCAGGAGGAGCAGGAGGAGCAGGAGGAGGGGGGGUGGGCAGGGGAAACAGGUGCGGAGGGGCAGGUGGAGCGUCGUGGAAUAAGGCUGCUGUGACGGCUGGAGAAAGGAAAGACUCGAAGCACCUGAAAGGAGCUACAACUCCAGCAGGGGCAGGGGGAGGGAUGGGAAGCAGCGGAAGUGCUGGAGGAGGGAGUAGAGCGGGGCCUGGGGGAAUAGGGCCCAGGGGAGGGGGGAGUGUGGGGAGUAUGGGGGGGGUGGGCGCGGGCAGUGUGGGGAGCCUGGGGGGAGGAGGAGUGUCGGCCAUUGCAGGGAUUGUUCAACCACCAUUGCCAGAGUUCAGGAACAUAUACAACGGCGCUCAGAUUCCCCUCCCUCCAACGCUGAAGAAAGCAGCAACAGGAGGAGACUCCUUCCCUGCCCUCCCGCCCUCUCUGCUCGCGUCUCACCAUAAUCUCUACUCUCGGGCGAGUGGGGAGGGAAGGGGGGUGGUGGACAGUGUGGGUAGGAGUCAGGCAGGGGAGCCAGCAGCACAGGGUGCAGUGGCAGCGACUGGCAGUGGUGGUAUUGCUGCCAAAGCAGGUGCUGGUGCUCUGAGAGGCUCAGGUGGCGCAGGUGGGCUUUCAGGUGGGCUUUCAGGUGCCACAGGAGCUGCCUUAGCCAAUGGCGGUGCCUUCGCAGGUAGAGAUUCUGCCACUGCCGCCACUGCUCCAACUACAGCUUCCCAUCCUGCUGCUGCUGCUGGUGGUGCGGAGAAGGAGCAAGGUGGCAGUGGUGGUGCGCAAGACAGAGAAUCCUAUUUGGGUGAUGAGAGCACGGGAGGAGUGAAGGGCAGUGAACGGAAGAGAGAUGCGGAGGACGGGGGGGAUGCAGGCCAUGAGGAGGCGAAGAGGUGGAGAAAGGCAGGAGGCGAGGGGGCUUGCGGGGACAGAGGGAUGGCGAAUGGAAAGGUGAAAAAUGAAGGCAGGGAGUUUGUGGGAGGGGCGAUUCAAGGGGGUAUGGAGGAGGCACUGGUGGGAGCUAUAGUUGGGAAGCUAGAGCGCAGGCGACAGGAUUUGGAGGAGAAGCGAAGGGAGAGGAGGGAGAGGCUGGAUGUUAUUGUGGGGAAGCGGAAGGAGGUGCAGGAGGUGCGGGAGGAGAAGAGGAGGCGGUUGGAAGAGGUGGAAAGGGAUGCAGAUAGGAAGGUCUGUGAAGCAGAGGAGCUGGAGGCUCGGGCGGCGAAGGCUCGGGCCGAAGCAGAGGCGGCGGUUCGGGGGAAGGCGGAACUUACAGCGCGGAUACAGGAGGAGUAUAGGGAGAGGGAGGUGAGGGUGGUGAGGGAGGUGGGGCAGGAGGAGAGAGCAAGUGUGGAGCUGGAUAAGGUGAUUGCUGAGGGGGAGCAAAAGCUGCGGGAGAUGGAGAAAGAAAAGGAGGAGAUGGUGAAGAGAGUGAGGGAGAUGAUGAGAAUGAUGGUGACUCAGGUGGAAGGGUGGGGAGAGUAG